AUGAGGAGCGAGCGGCACGGGGCGGGGGACGUGGUGGACGCCACGUGCCACUUCCUGCGUGCAUGUUCAACGCUGCAGCCCCCCGAUGCCCUCGACCCGCGUGACCUCGCCUGGGCGCAGCGCCGCCUCUCCCACCUCGCCUCCCUCGCCAACGUCCCCUUGGGCGCCCCGGGGGACGGUGGCGAGGGGGGUGAUGGCGAGGGAGAGGGAGGGCGAGAGGGAGGUGGAGGGGGAGGGGAGGGGGAUGGGAUAGCUCGGCGGGUGGGGUGGUGGGAGCGGGUGCCGGUGGCGAGCUGUGCGCGCACGUGGCUGCGCCGCCUGCGCCUGCUGGAGCAGCUCGUGCGUGUGUGGGCGGGAGGGGGGCGAGGGAGACGGGUGUGUGGGCGGGAGGGGAGCAAGGGAGACGGGUGUGUGGGCGGGAGGGGGGCGAGGGAGACGGGUGUGUGGGCGGGAGGGGGGCGAGGGAGACGGCACGAGGUGCUGGGCUUCAUGGCGCGCAGCACGGGAUUCGCCCUCGCAUGCCACCACGUGGCGGCGCUCACCGACGCCACGCUGCCCGCGCAUUGGUGGGCGCGCGACGCUGACCUGGCGCUGCUGCUGGGCGUGGCUCUGCACGGGUACGGCGCGUACGAGGCCGUGUAUGGCGACUCUGCCCUCGGGCCGCACCUCCGCAAGCCCCAGAGGGACAGGGGGGCGCGUGGGGAGAAAGGGGAGGAGAAGGGUGAGAAGGUUGGGGAGGAGGGAGGGGCGGGGGGCGAGGAGGAGGGGUGGUUGGACGCGUACACGCUGACGCGGCGGCUGAAGCGACUCAUUGAGCACCUCGUGCGCAUCAAGCGAUCCGUGCGCCCCGACUCCCUCUCUCUGCUCCCCGCUCUCUGCUCCCUGCUCUCUGCUCUCUGCUCCCUGCUCCCUGCUCUCUGCUCCCUGCUCUCUGCUCUCUGCUCUCUGCUCCCUGCUCUCUGCUCUCUGCUCUCUGCUCCCUGCUCUCUGCUCUCUGCUCUCUGCUCCCUGCUCUCUGCUCUCUGCUCCCUGCUCUCUGCUCCUCCCCAUAUUGCCUGCUCGCCGUCCUCUCUCUGCCUCGCCACCUCUUUGCCUCGCUAUCUGAUGGCAUUCAAAGUGUCUGUGCUACCAUGCUACACUCACUCCCUUCUCUCCCCCUCUCUCUCCCCCCCUCUCUCCCCUCCUCUCUCCCCUCCUCUCUCCCCUCCUGUCCCCCCUCCUACCUCCCAUCCUGUCCCCUCUCCUCUUGCCCCUCUUCUCUAUCCCCUCUCCUCUGUCCCCUCUCUUCUCUUUCCCCUCCUCUCUCUGGCGAAGAAGCCUCAGCCUGCGCCCACGCUGACGGGUCCUCCCCCCGCCUUCACCCCCGCGCACUUCAAGCGCGCCCUUCCCCCCGCCUCCGAUGCCUGGGCUGCCCCCGCUGCUGCUGCUGCUGCCGCUGCCGCUGCUGCUGCUGCUGCCCCCGCCGCUGCUUCCGUUGCUGCUGGUGGUGGUGGCGGGAGGGGUGGGGACAUCGGCGGAAGAGGGGGCGUUGGGGGGAGAGGGAGGGUAGGCAGGGGAAGGGGAGUGGGAAGAGAGGGGAGAGGAGGAUGGGGGUUAGCUGAUGGGGGAGGAGCAGGAGGAAGGGGAGGGAGAGAAAGAGUGGGGAACGCAGGAGGGGCUUAUGAGGAGUACGGGGGGGAGGAGGAGGAGGAGGAGCAGUGGGGAGGGCGGGGGGAGCAUGGGGAGCACGGGGAAGAGUAUGGGGAGGAGGGGGAUGGGGCAGGGGAAAGGGGGGAAGAGGGGGAUGAGGGCGCGGGGGAGGAGUGGAACGAGGAUGCCCCUGUGAGGCGAGGUGGGGGGCGAGGGGAGGGCGGACUAGGCGGUGUGGAGAGAGGGGGAGGGGCGAGGGGGCGGGGCAGGGGGCGAGGCAGAGGGCGGGGAGGAGGGAGGGGCGGGGCAGCAGGUGGAGGAGAAACUGGUGCUGCUGACGCGAGCGGUAGGGGGGGGCGGGGGAGGGGGAGAGGAGGGCGGGGGCGUGGGGGCACGAGGGGGGGCGGACGAGGUGCAGGAGCGGUGGAGAUGGGUGGUGGCGUGGGGGAGGAGAUGGAGUGGGAGGCACAGGCGGAGGAACGGGAGGGGGACGCGGAGGGCGCGCAGGGUGGCGGCCGCUGGCGUGCACACGGGGCAGGGGGGGCGCAUGGGGAAGGGAAGGGGCGGCACAGGGAGGGGCGGCACAGGGAGGGGCGGCACAGGGAGGGGCGGCACAGGGAGGGGCGGCACAGGGAGGGGCGGCACAGGGAGGGGCGGCACAGGGAGGGGCGGCACAGGGAGGGGCGGCACAGGGAGGGGCGGCACAGGGAGGGGCGGCACAGGGAGGGGCGGACACGGCCACGCUCACCCCAUGAGGUCUUCCCCAUCCCGUUCUUCCCCUCGCACCCCUCGGGAGCAGCGGCAUGGCGGCAGCAGGACGAGCCGUGUGAGGUGAGGGGUGGUUGUGAAGGAUGGAUGUUGAGAGACAGUGCGCCUAUCAUGUGCUUCAACCUGCUCUGCCCCUGCUCAACCCAACCAUCCUGUCCCGUGCUUCCCCUCACACCAACAUGCUUCCCCUCACACCAACGUGCUUCCCCUCACACCAACGUGCUUCCCCUCACACCAACGUGCUUCCCCUCACACCAACGUGCUUCCCCUCACACCAACGUGCUUCCCCUCACACCAACGUGCUUCCCCUCACACCAACGUGCUUCCCCUCACACCAACGUGCUUCCCCUCACACCAACGUGCUUCCCCUCACACCAACGUGCUUCCCCUCACACCAACGUGCUUCCCCUCAACACCAACGUGCUUCCCCUCACACCAACGUGCUUCCCCUCACACCAACGUGCUUCCCCUCACACCAACGUGCUUCCCCUCACACCAACGUGCUUCCCCUCACACCAACGUGCUUCCCCUCACACCAACGUGCUUCCCCUCACACCAACGUGCUUCCCCUCACACCAACGUGCUUCCCCUCACACCAACGUGCUUCCCCUCACACCAACGUGCUUCCCCUCACACCAACGUGCUUCCCCUCACACCAACGUGCUUCCCCUCACACCAACGUGCUUCCCCUCACACCAACGUGCUUCCCCUCACACCAACGUGCUUCCCCUCACACCAACGUGCUUCCCCUCACACCAACGUGCUUCCCCUCACACCAACGUGCUUCCCCUCACACCAACGUGCUUCCCCUCACACCAACGUGCUUCCCCUCACACCAACGUGCUUCCCCUCACACCAACGUGCUUCCCCUCACACCAACGUGCUUCCCCUCACACCAACGUGCUUCCCCUCACACCAACGUGCUUCCCCUCACACCAACGUGCUUCCCCUCACACCAACGUGCUUCCCCUCACACCAACGUGCUUCCCCUCACACCAACAUGCUUCCCCUCACACCAACGUGCUUCCCCUCACACCAACGUGCUUCCCCUCACACCAACGUGCUUCCCCUCACACCAACGUGCUUCCCCUCACACCAACGUGCUUCCCCUCACACCAACGUGCUUCCCCUCACACCAACGUGCUUCCCCUCACACCAACGUGCUUCCCCUCACACCAACGUGCUUCCCCUCACACCAACGUGCUUCCCCUCACACCAACGUGCUUCCCCUCACACCAACGUGCUUCCCCUCACACCAACGUGCUUCCCCUCACACCAACGUGCUUCCCCUCACACCAACGUGCUUCCCCUCACACCAACAUGCUUCCCCUCACACCAACGUGCUUCCCCUCACACCAACGUGCUUCCCCUCACACCAACGUGCUUCCCCUCACACCAACGUGCUUCCCCUCACACCACGUGCUUCCCCUCACACCAACGUGCUUCCCCUCACACCAACGUGCUUCCCCUCACACCAACGUGCUUCCCCUCACACCAACGUGCUUCCCCUCACACCAACGUGCUUCCCCUCACACCAACGUGCUUCCCCUCACACCAACGUGCUUCCCCUCACACCAACGUGCUUCCCCUCACACCAACGUGCUUCCCCUCACACCAACGUGCUUCCCCUCACACCAACGUGCUUCCCUCACACCAACGUGCUUCCCCUCACACCAACGUGCUUCCCCUCACACCAACAGUGCUUCCCCUCACACCAACGUGCUUCCCCUCACACCAACGUGCUUCCCCUCACACCAACGUGCUUCCCCUCACACCAACGUGCUUCCCCUCACACCAACGUGCUUCCCCUCACACCAACGUGCUUCCCCUCACACCAACGUGCUUCCCCUCACACCAACGUGCUUCCCCUCACACCAACGUGCUUCCCCUCACACCAACGUGCUUCCCCUCACACCAACGUGCUUCCCCUCACACCAACGUGCUUCCCCUCACACCAACGUGCUUCCCCUCACACCAACGUGCUUCCCCUCACACCAACGUGCUUCCCCUCACACCAACGUGCUUCCCCUCACACCAACGUGCUUCCCCUCACACCAACGUGCUUCCCCUCACACCAACGUGCUUCCCCUCACACCAACGUGCUUCCCCUCACACCAACGUGCUUCCCCUCACACCAACGUGCUUCCCCCUCACACCAACGUGCUUCCCCUCACACCAACAUGCUUCCCCUCACACCAACGUGCUUCCCCUCACACCAACGUGCUUCCCCUCACACCAACAUGCUUCCCCUCACACCAACAUGCUUCCCCUCACACCAACGUGCUUCCCCUCACACCAACGUGCUUCCCCUCACACCAACGUGCUUCCCCUCACACCAACAUGCUUCCCCUCACACCAACGUGCUUCCCCUCACACCAACGUGCUUCCCCUCACACCAACGUGCUUCCCCUCACACCAACGUGCUUCCCCUCACACCAACGUGCUUCCCCUCACACCAACGUGCUUCCCCUCACACCAACGUGCUUCCCCUCACACCAACGUGCUUCCCCUCACACCAACGUGCUUCCCCUCACACCAACGUGCUUCCCCUCACACCAACGUGCUUCCCCUCACACCAACGUGCUUCCCCUCACACCAACAUGCUUCCCCUCACACCAACGUGCUUCCCUCACACCAACGUGCUUCCCCUCACACCAACAUGCUUCCCCUCACACCAACAGUGCUUCCCCUCACACCAACGUGCUUCCCCUCACACCAACGUGCUUCCCCUCACACCAACGUGCUUCCCCUCACACCAACGUGCUUCCCCUCACACCAACGUGCUUCCCCUCACACCAACGUGCUUCCCCUCACACCACAGUGCUUCCCUCACACAACGUGCUUCCCCUCACACCAACGUGCUUCCCCUCACACCAACGUGCUUCCCCUCACACCAACGUGCUUCCCCUCACACCAACGUGCUUCCCCUCACACCAACGUGCUUCCCCUCACACCAACGUGCUUCCCCUCACACCAACGUGCUUCCCCUCACACCAACGUAACUGCUCCCCUCCACCAACUUGCUUCCCCUCACACCAACGUGCUUCCCCUCACACCAACGUGCUUCCCCUCACACCAACGUGCUUCCCCUCACACCAACGUGCUUCCCUCACACCAACGUGCUUCCCCCCACACCAACGUGCUUCCCCUCACACCAACGUGCUUCCCCUCACACCAACGUGCUUCCCCUCACACCAACGUGCUUCCCCUCACACCAACGUGCUUCCCCUCACACCAACAUGCUUCCCCUCACACCAACGUGCUUCCCUCACACCAACGUGCUUCCCCUCACACCAACGUGCUUCCCCUCACACCAACGUGCUUCCCCUCACACCAACGUGCUUCCCCUCACACCAACGUGCUUCCCCUCACACCAACAUGCUUCCCCUCACACCAACGUGCUUCCCCUCACACCAACGUGCUUCCCCUCACACCAACGUGCUUCCCCUCACACCAACGUGCUUCCCCUCACACCAACGUGCUUCCCCUCACACCAACGUGCUUCCCCUCACACCAACGUGCUUCCCCUCACACCAACGUGCUUCCCCUCACACCAACAUGCUUCCCCUCACACCAACGUGCUUCCCCUCACACCAACGUGCUUCCCCUCACACCAACGUGCUUCCCCUCACACCAACGUGCUUCCCCUCACACCAACGUGCUUCCCCUCACACCAACGUGCUUCCCCUCACACCAACGUGCUUCCCCUCACACCAACAGUGCUUCCCCUCACACCAACGUGCUUCCCCUCACACCAACGUGCUUCCCCUCACACCAACGUGCUUCCCCUCACACCAACGUGCUUCCCCUCACACCAACGUGCUUCCCCUCACACCAACGUGCUUCCCCUCACACCAACGUGCUUCCCCUCACACCAACAGUGCUUCCCCUCACACCAACGUGCUUCCCCUCACACCAACGUGCUUCCCCCUCACACCAACGUGCUUCCCCUCACACCAACGUGCUUCCCCUCACACCAACGUGCUUCCCCUCACACCAACGUGCUUCCCCUCACACCAACGUGCUUCCCCUCACACCAACAGUGCUUCCCCUCACACCAACGUGCUUCCCCUCACACAACGUGCUUCCCCUCACACCAACGUGCUUCCCCUCACACCAACGUGCUUCCCCUCACACCAACAGUGCUUCCCCUCACACCAACGUGCUUCCCCUCACACCAACGUGCUUCCCCUCACACCAAACGUGCUUCCCCUCACACCAACGUGCUUCCCCUCACACCAACGUGCUUCCCCUCACACCAACGUGCUUCCCCUCACACCAACGUGCUUCCCCUCACACCAACGUGCUUCCCCUCACACCACGUGCUUCCCCUCACACCAACGUGCUUCCCUCACACCAACGUGCUUCCCCUCACACAACAUGCUUCCCCUCACACCAACGUGCUUCCCUCACACCAACGUGCUUCCCCUCACACCAACGUGCUUCCCCUCACACCAACGUGCUUCCCUCACACCAACAGUGCUUCCCCCACACCAACGUGCUUCCCCUCAACCAACAUGCUUCCCCUCACACCAACGUGCUUCCCCUCACACCAACGUGCUUCCCCUCACACCAACGUGCUUCCCCUCACACCAACGUGCUUCCCCUCACACCAACGUGCUUCCCCUCACACCAACGUGCUUCCCCUCACACCAACGUGCUUCCCCUCACACCAACGUGCUUCCCCUCACACCAACGUGCUUCCCCUCACACCAACGUGCUUCCCCUCACACCAACGUGCUUCCCCUCACACCAACGUGCUUCCCCUCACACCAACGUGCUUCCCCUCACACCAACAUGCUUCCCCUCACACCAACGUGCUUCCCCUCACACCAACGUGCUUCCCCUCACACCAACAUGCUUCCCCUCACACCAACAUGCUUCCCCUCACACCAACGUGCUUCCCCUCACACCAACGUGCUUCCCCUCACACCAACGUGCUUCCCCUCACACCAACAUGCUUCCCCUCACACCAACGUGCUUCCCCUCACACCAACGUGCUUCCCCUCACACCAACGUGCUUCCCCUCACACCAACGUGCUUCCCCUCACACCAACGUGCUUCCCCUCACACCAACGUGCUUCCCCUCACACCAACGUGCUUCCCCUCACACCAACGUGCUUCCCCUCACACCAACGUGCUUCCCCUCACACCAACGUGCUUCCCCUCACACCAACGUGCUUCCCCUCACACCAACGUGCUUCCCCUCACACCAACAUGCUUCCCCUCACACCAACGUGCUUCCCCUCACACCAACGUGCUUCCCCUCACACCAACAUGCUUCCCCUCACACCAACAUGCUUCCCCUCACACCAACGUGCUUCCCCUCACACCAACGUGCUUCCCCUCACACCAACGUGCUUCCCCUCACACCAACGUGCUUCCCCUCACACCAACAUGCUUCCCCUCACACCAAACGUGCUUCCCCUCACACCAACGUGCUUCCCCUCACACCAACGUGCUUCCCCUCACACCAACGUGCUUCCCCUCACAACCAACGUGCUUCCCCUCACCCAACGUGCUUCCCCUCACACCAACGUUGCUUCCCCUCACACCAACGUGCUUCCCCUCACACCAACGUGCUUCCCCUCACACCAACGUGCUUCCCCUCACACCAACGUGCUUCCCCCUCACACCAACGUGCUUCCCCUCACACCAAACAUGCUUCCCCUCACACCAACGUGCUUCCCCUCACACCAACGUGCUUCCCCUCACACCAACGUGCUUCCCCUCACACCAACGUGCUUCCCCUCACACCAACGUGCUUCCCCUCACACCAAGUGCUUCCCUCACACCAACGUGCUUCCCCUCACACCAACGUGCUUCCCCUCACACCAACGUGCUUCCCCUCACACCAACUUGCUUCCCCUCACACCAACGUGCUUCCCCUCACACCAACAUGCUUCCCCUCACACCAACGUGCUUCCCCUCACACCAACGUGCUUCCCCUCACACCAACGUGCUUCCCCUCACACCAACGUGCUUUCCCCUCACACCAACGUGCUUCCCCUCACACCAACGUGCUUCCCCUCACACCAACGUGCUUCCCCUCACACCAACAUGCUUCCCCUCACACCAACGUGCUUCCCCUCACACCAACGUGCUUCCCCUCACACCAACAUGCUUCCCCUCACACCAACGUGCUUCCCCUCACACCAACGUGCUUCCCCUCACACCAACGUGCUUCCCUCACACCAACGUGCUUCCCCUCACACCAACGUGCUUCCCCUCACACCAACGUGCUUCCCCUCACACCAACGUGCUUCCCCUCACACCAACGUGCUUCCCCUCACACCAACGUGCUUCCCCUCACACCAAUCCCCUCACACCAACAUGCUUCCCCUCACACCAACGUGCUUCCCUCACACCAACGUGCUUCCCCUCACACCAACGUGCUUCCCCUCACACCAACGUGCUUCCCCUCACACCAACGUGCUUCCCCUCACACCAACGUGCUUCCCCUCACACCAACGUGCUUCCCCUCACACCAACGUGCUUCCCCUCACACCAACAUGCUUCCCCUCACACCAACGUGCUUCCCCUCACACCAACGUGCUUCCCCUCACACCAACGUGCUUCCCCUCACACCAACGUGCUUCCCCUCACACCAACGUGCUUCCCCUCACACCAACAUGCUUCCCCUCACACCAACGUGCUUCCCCUCACACCAACGUGCUUCCCCUCACACCAACGUGCUUCCCCUCACACCAACGUGCUUCCCCUCACACCAACAUGCUUCCCCUCACACCAACGUGCUUCCCUCACACCAACAUGCUUCCCCUCACACCAACGUGCUUCCCCUCACACCAACGUGCUUCCCUCACACCAACAUGCUUCCCCUCACACCAACGUGCUUCCCCUCACACCAACGUGCUUCCCCUCACACCAACGUGCUUCCCCUCACACCAACAUGCUUCCCCUCACACCAACAUGCUUCCCCUCACACCAACGUGCUUCCCCUCACACCAACGUGCUUCCCCUCACACCAACGUGCUUCCCCUCACACCAACAUGCUUCCCCUCACACCAACGUGCUUCCCCUCACACCAACGUGCUUCCCCUCACACCAACGUGCUUCCCCUCACACCAACGUGCUUCCCCUCACACCAACGUGCUUCCCCUCACACCAACGUGCUUCCCCUCACACCAACAUGCUUCCCCUCACACCAACGUGCUUCCCCUCACACCAACGUGCUUCCCCUCACACCAACGUGCUUCCCCUCACACCAACGUGCUUCCCCUCACACCAACGUGCUUCCCUCACACCAACAUGCUUCCCCUCACACCAACGUGCUUCCCCUCACACCAACGUGCUUCCCCUCACACCAACGUGCUUCCCCUCACACCAACGUGCUUCCCCUCACACCAACAUGCUUCCCCUCACACCAACGUGCUUCCCCUCACACCAACAUGCUUCCCCUCACACCAACGUGCUUCCCCUCACACCAACGAGCAGCAGCAGGGCAGCAACAGCAGCAGCGGCGGCAGCACUGUGAGCUGGCAGCAGCUGCGGGACCACUCGCACCUGCCAUCCGUGCUCGCCAGGUCAACAGCCUCCGUGGCGGGGUGCUUCGAUGACGUCAUCGCUGAGAUGCAGCGCCGCCUGCAGGGCCUGCCUGCCUCCUCGCCUGCCUCCGCUGCUUCCAAUGCUGCUUCCAAUGCUGCUUCCAAUGCUGCUUUGGCUGCUGCUGCAGCAGGAGAGGAAGGAGAGGAAGUGGGGGACGGAGGGGAAGGGAAUGGAAGGGAGGCAGGUGGCGGUGGCGCGGCGGGCAAGAGGACGUUUGCGCUGGGAGAAGGCCACCCUGCCUGCUGUCCGUGUCUGCUGUGUGGGGAGCGAGAGGCAUCGAAGGCGAGGAGGCAGCGCAGGGGGCAACCGAGAGUGGGGGAAGAAGGUGGGGCGGAGGGGGAUGGGGAGAGCGUGCUGCUCACUCCAGAAGACUCUGUGCUCAAUGCCAAGACAGCGGUCAGUUGA